AUGGGCGAGUUCAUCAGUUGCAACAGCGACGCGUCAAACACGAUGACCAAGAAUAACAUGAACGUCUUCGGUACGCUUACCGACUCCGAUAACGAACCGCUUCUAGGGGGCGAAUGCGGCAAACGCUUAAUGCCCCAGAUCAUCGAUGCAACCGCUAUAGCGACUCCAGAUGUCGCUUGCAUGUUCGUCCCCCGCACACUCGGCAACCCCCGCGACGGCUGGAAGCCUGUGAGCUGGGCCCAAGUCGCCAGCGCUGUCAACUAUGUGGCUCACAUGUUGGUCGAGCAAGUCGGGACACCGAUCCCUGGUGAUUUCCCCACGAUUGCCUUCAUGGGCCUCGAAGACCCGCGCUACGUGAUCUUUCUCAUGGGCGCAAUUAAGGCGGGGUAUAAGGCUCUGUUUAUCUCGCCGCGGAAUUCCGUCGAGGCACAGGUUCACCUGUUUAACAAGACGGACUGUGAUAACCUAUACUAUGACCAGUCGCUGGCUUCCAUGGUGGCUCCGUGGGUUGCCGGACGCGCGGGGAUGAAGAGCUUCGCAAUUGCUCCUUUGGACGAGUGGGUGGCUGCGGAGGUUGCCCCGUUCCCGUAUACAAAGAGCUUCGCCGAAGCCGAAUGGGAGCCCUUUGUGGUGCUUCAUACUAGCGGUAGCACGGGUCUACCCAAGCCAGUUAUUAUUUCCCACGGCAAGCUGGCUCUGAACGACCUGCACCGUUAUGUUCCAGAGUACGAAGGCAACCUGCCGUGGUUGCCGACAUGGGGCAAAUUCGAUAAUCCGCGAUACCUCAUCACAUGUCCUCUUUUCCAUACCGCAGGAAUUGCGCCGACUGUUUUGUCAGGAUUUUACUAUAAUACUCCUCUUAUUUUCCGCGAUCCAUCUGUUCCACUCACGGGCGACAACGUGGUUGAGUGGUUGCAGAAUUCCGGCGCGACCUAUACUGUCUUGCCCCCAGCAAUUCUAGAGCAAAUGUCGCGGUCACAAGUAGCGCUCGAUGAAAUGAAGAAGUUGCAAGUCGUGGCUUUUGGAGGAGGUCCAAUCGCACCCGCUGCAGCUGCCGCACUACUCAGCAACAAUGUCAAGCUAGUCAACGCCAUCGGCGCAACCGAGUUGAUCUACAUGCCGUAUUACACGCAACCAGACUCAUCUCUCUGGGCUUGGUUCAUCAUCCCGACAGAAAUGCUAGGUAUUGAGUGGCGACCCUUCGGCGAGGACACAUACGAGCAAGUCUUUAUUCGGCAGAACAAGGGCCACCCCGGUAACCAGACAUGCUUUUACGUCUUCCCCGAGUUGGAUGAGUACAGCACAAAUGAUCUAUAUCGCCCGCAUCCGACUCUACCAAACCACUGGACUUAUGUGGGCCGCGCCGACGACAUUAUAGUCUUCUCCACUGGCGAGAAACUCAACCCCACAACUAUCGAAGGAGCGGUGAUCGGACAUCCGGCAGUUCUGGGCGCGCAAGUCAUGGGCUCGGGACAGUUCCAUGCUGCUCUGAUAAUUGAACCAGCGAAAUAUCCGGCAAACGAGCAGGAGAAGCAGCGAUUCUUGGACGAUGUUUGGCCGGUCAUCGAGAAAGUCAAUGAGCAAACUGUCGCGCAUGGCCGCAUCUUGCGGGACUAUGUCUUUUUAUCGGACCCAGAGCGACCGUUCCCACGAGCCGGCAAGGGAACGAUUCAGCGCGCUAUGGCUUCAAAGCUUUACGUAGACGACAUUCGUCGCAUCUUUGAAUCUAGCUCUGACACCAACGGCGUCUCAGCCACGGCCGUGCAGCUCGAUUUUAGCUCAGAGGCAACUCUUACGGAUGGGAUCCGUGAAUUGGUGCGAGAGACCGUGAAGCUUCCUGCUCUCGGCGUUGAUGAUGAUUUCUUUACCGUUGGCGUCGACUCGCUACAGGUUCUCCAGCUGGCUCGAGUGCUAAGCGCAAGUGUCAAGAAGACCAUUGAGGCGAGGAAUAUCUACAGCAACCCAACCAUCGCCCAGCUCAGUUCAUUCAUAAAUUCUCUAGCUGGAUCUAGUGAGAAUGGAGAUGCAGUCACCAGCGAGGCUGACGCUCUAGUCCUACAAUGCUCGGCACUUGUCGAAAAAUACACGCAGAAUCUCCCUGCCCCAACAUCCACCAAACCCCUCCCCGCCACCACAAACCAGACCAUUAUCAUCACCGGCACUACUGGAGCCGUAGGCUGCUACCUCCUCGACCUCGCGCUCGCCAACCCGGAAAUCACAAAGAUCUACUGCUUCAACCGCACAUCGGAUGCACGCGAGCGCCAAAUCGCUGCAAGCAGCUUCCGCGGCCUCUCCACCGACUUCCCCUCAUCGCGCGUCGAAUUCCUCACCGUCGACCUCUCCUCCUCCUCUAAAUUCAACCUCUCCGAAGAAAUCACAACUCGCCUCGCAGGCACAGUCGACCUCAUAAUCCACAACGCUUGGCCCGUGGACUUCAAUCAAUCCAUCGCCUCCUUCGAGCCCCACCUCCGUGGAGUCCGGCACCUCAUCGACUUCUCCGCAGCAGCCGCCAAACGCAUCCCCAUCACCUUCGUUUCAUCCGUCAGCACAGUCGAGCAAUGGCCCGAGUCCACCCCCAUCCCCGAACAAUCCCUCUCAGACUUCAGCCAGGCCUCCCAGAUGGGCUACGGCCAAUCAAAGCUUGCUGCAAGCCUGAUCCUCGACGCGGGAGCGAAUCAAUCCUCAGUGCCACGGAAUGUCGUCCGCGUAGGCCAGGUCGCCGGCCCGCGGGCCGAACAAGGCCAAUGGAACCCGCGCGAGUGGCUUCCAAGCAUCAUCCGGAGCUCACUCUUCCUAGGCCUCCUGCCUAGCAACCUGGGGUUGCUGGCUAACAUGGGCUGGGCGCCUGUGGAGGACAUCGCGGGUGUUAUUUUGGAGGUUGCUGCUGGCCAAAAUGGUGACGGCGGGUACUUCCAUGCGAUCAAUCCGAACCUACCAGACUGGGAAGGCGUUAUUGUGCCUGCGGUAACGGAGUUCUAUGGGAGCCGGAUUGAGCGUGUUGUGGGCUUUGAGGAGUGGGUGGAUGCGCUGGAGAAGAGCGCUGUUGGCGAUGUGGAUCUGGAGAAGAAUCCGGGUGUGAAGCUUUUGGAUACGUAUCGUCUUGCGUCUACUAAGGUUACUGGGGACGAGGACGUUGGUGCGGGCUUUGCGACGGAGAAGACGGAGCAGGCGAGCGAGACCAUGCGUCGGAUGGAGCCGGUUACGGCUGAGUUAAUGAAGAGGUGGUGUAAACAGUGGCAGUUCUAG